AUGAGCCAGCAGGAUGUGGUCGCCGUGCUUUCAGAACGCCUUCUCAUAGCUGCAUACAAAGGGCAACUGGAUAAUGUUGUGCAGCUUAUCAACAAGGGUGCCAAGGUAGCCGUUACCAAGGUAACAAGAGAAAAACUCCUUACAAAUUCAUGGAGAACUAACCUCACUCCCAAACCAUUCAUUCUUUCUGAUAAAUGUUCUUUUGGCUUUGAAAAUCUAAUUGUUCGAGGAAGUGGUGCGGACGAAAGUAUUUGAUUCCCUCCCCCCCAACUUGGGCCAGUUUCAUUUAAAUGAGACACCAUGUAGAUGUGAAAUAAUUUUCCUUCUUUUUCUGCUGUUCUUCCUUCUCCAAGGGAAAGAAGCCUAGAGCAUCAUAAAUGUGCAGAGUUGAACAGUGAAUCCACUUCUAUAUUUUUCUCAAAAGUGCACACUGCAUUUUGCAGUGGCAAAAUUAAUGGUUGUAGGGGGAGGGAAAUCAAAAUGAAGUUAUCUGGGGCUGCCUGGAAAAAACAACACCUCCUCUGCUUUAAAAGGGCAGAGAGCAUCCUGUUUGUCUUGGGGAAUGUUACUCCAGCUGUAAAUAAUAUAUUUUAGGGAAGAGGACUAAUGGCUGGGAACAUAGUGAAUGCUUCUAGUAUACUGUGUAAUCCUACUGAUUGUUCAGAAUUAAGGUUUGGAAGGGGUGGGUGAUAUACAGGGUUUGAAAACUUUGAUCUAGCAUUUUUGAAUCCAGCUUCCAAAUUUCACCAAAAUCUUGUUCGAAACAAAACUAUUUUCCAACCAUAUAUGUUUACAAAUGGGAAAAUGACAAAAACAUGCAUUUCUCCACAUGGAAGGAGGGUGGGAGUCUUUGUAUUUUAUGUUGUCCUAGCCUGGAGCCAAGAAGUUGGGAAUGCUUCUCCUGUGUUGCUUUUAUUCCAUUCUUCCAGAGGCCAGCGGUUUAAACACAUGCUGCUGUUCAACAUGAGUGGAAUGAAAGUUGCAGGUCUUUAAUGGUAGGUGUGGCCACAAGGACCCUUCCCCCAGAGAGUGGUCAUUUGGGUCAAGGAUGGCACCAGAGAUACUUGAAGGGGCUGGUGGUGACCAGGAGGUGGAGGCGGCCUUCCUCAGGUGCCUCCCAUAUACUAAAAAUGUAUAUGGGGCAGCCAAUUUGCACAACAUUCCAGGCUUCUUGGCAACUGACCUCACCUCUCUUACCCCUCCCCUCACUUUCCUAACACAUAGGUAGGAGGGAGAUUUGUUUCACCUGGGAAGCACCAAGAACUUCAGUAUGUCUGCUAGUCCUAACAUGGGGCUAAGAUUCCUGUUGCUCUCCUAGGGAGGAAUGUACUUCUCCAGGAAUUACUGGAUUUCAGUCUGUUCUACCACCCUAUAGACAGUGUGUAUUCCUGAACCCUGGAAAAGGUUGUGGGGAUGGACCCCCCAGGUUGCUGACAGUCUGUUCACCAGUCUAUGACUUGAAGGUGCCCCAAACAGCUGAGCAUCAUUCUGGUGGAAAAGAGGGCUAUUCAUCUGGAACUACUAGCCUAUCAAAUAUAAGUAGCUUGUCAGUGAGUCCUUAGAAGAAUGGACCACGUGCACCAGCCAGUUCCAUAUAAAUAGCAAGGAAGACAAGUGCACUUGUCAAAUCUACGCUCCUAGAAUGGUUGGAGUUUUGUGCAAUUCCCGGUGAGAGUUGAUUGUGAUGGUUCUUGUAGGCACAAGCCAAAUUGAACAGAAAAAUGUCAUGAGCUUACAGAAGGAGCCUCAUGGGUGAGACUGAAGCAUGCAUUUAGUUUCCCCAUUGAAAUAGAUGGGAUAUUGUAAUGCUUAACUUUGAGUGAGUUAUGCCUUAAAUUUUAGACUUGCUUCAGAGGUGGCAUAAUUUUAGAAAGCUUUGAGCUAUAAAUUUGGUAGCUACAUAGGUGUAGUGCAGUCAUUCUUCCAAUUCCCAUUUGGGACACGGUUUCAUCUAUCUUUAUAGGCAUGCCCAAAGGAAAAUUGCAGACACAUCUUCUACUGUAGAUGCAGCUGCAGUUGCUUAUAGCAGGAAUAUACAUUACCUUAGCAUUGGAAUGUGAGGUCCCACUCCUGCAAUAGUUCUGCACUUCUAAACAGGGAGAAUAUCAGUGCGGUAUGGAAGAAUCUCUUUCAGUGGAAUGGGGUUAGGAUGAAUAUAAAGCACUGUGUGCAAGCCCUAAAAAUCUGUGCUAGGCACAAGUGUAGCUUGGUUCAGUUCUCAUGUCUUUCCCUAACUGAACCACCCUUUUAUAUUCAUCCAUUUGGGUAGGAGUUCAGCCCCUUUGCAGUAAGCCUAAGCUACAUUUCUUCUUCCCCAGUAGUAUUUCCUUCUUUAGUUCUUCAGUUCCAAGGCGGCCCCUUUCACCCUAUUCUUCCAGAACAUUGGAAGCAUCAUCUGACAUACUAUCUUGGAAGCUUGCAGGUGGAAAAAAAUGUUUUGAGAUUAUUUCACUGACAGGCUGCUAAUGUUCAUUUUCAAUCCACACUAAUUUUAAGGGCUGGAGACAGCUCAGAGUUCAGAAAUGACAGGGUCCAAUCUUAAUGGGUAAGGUAAAUCCUGUAAAAGAAAUGUCUCCCAUCUGAAGCAAUGAAUAGGAUUACAGUGUAUUGCAGUGCCUGAAAGUGUCCAUUUUUUAUGCCACUGGUGGCUCAGUGCAGGAAGGUAGAGGGAGGAGUGGGCACAUGGGAGGGACUCUGAGGGUGGAGUCAUCAAAUGCACCUAUGUCCCCCUCUUCACUUUGAGCCCUCACACAUUAUUUCUGACCAUCUGUAGAGGGAGAAUGUUCAUGAGGGCAUAUGACUUCCAAUAUUUGAACAGAUUUUAGAAUAAACUCCUUAUCUUCUUUUUUUUUAAAAAAAGCACACUGGCUAAAGAUAACGAAAAUAGACCUCUGAGGAAACACUGGAACAGUUAUGGAGGUAUUCAAAUCAUUCUGAAUUCAGGCUAGUACACACAGAACUCUUUAAACAAAAAGGAAGAAAACAGCAUUUUUGAAUUCUUGUUUACUUGCAGAAACAUACGAAUUAACGUGGUCUUUCACGGUCUAAUAAUAUAGUUGUCUCAGCUUGCUGGAAUUGAAAGAGGUUCCUGUUUUCCCUUUUCUUGACUGAAGGCCGAUAUAUCUGGACAAGUUCUGUUUAAUAAAAAGACAAUUCAAGUAUACAAAGCCUAGUAAUUAUUUUUUAAAAAAAUGCCUGCAAGUUCAGACAUAUACCUAAACUUGCUCUUAACACUGUCAUCGUUGGAACCAGUGGCGUAGCGUGGGUUGUCAGCACCCGGGGCAAGGCAAGUAAUUUGCGCCCCUAACCUGUGGAUUUGCGCCCCCUAACCCUAACCCCCAGAUGUUGCGCCCGGUGCGGCCAGCCCCCCCUGCACCCCCCACGCUACGCCACUGGUUGGAACUAUUCCUGACUUAGGGCCAGUCUACCCAUUGCAGUGGUCCUAUAGUGUCUGCUUACUAGCCUUCUCGUGGUGGCUAUUCCAUGUAUUACUGUAACACAGAGAAAGGCUCAGCAUGUACUGCAGAGCUUUCCAAACUGUGUGUUGGGCGAAGGCUCCCUGCGCUCCUCCCGGGGCUGGAAACGGGUUAGUUUAACCUCCAGUUUGCUAGCAAAACUGAAUUCCUGUGUCGCGAAAUGAUGCAUGUCUAAAAAGUGGGGCACCAACAUGAAAAGUUUGGAAAGCUCUGAUGUACUGUAUUAGAAAACAUUCCUUAUUUCUUCAGCACUGGUUGAUACACGCUGCUACUUCAUCGCAUAGGUUGUUUCCAUGCCAAUGUUUAGGGGCAAUUGUUUGGGUGGAGAAGCUCCAUGUCUUGAAGGAGUAGGACAUGUUUAUAGAGGCAGAGGUAGAAAUACCUGAACUGAAAGAGAAACACCGAACUGACCUCUGUAUCUCAGACGCUUUCUGUAAUGCAUCCUUAAUGGGCCACCAAGCACCCCCACCAUGCUCUUUAAGACACAAGGAGGAAAUGUUUUCCACAAAUGUGUUAAGUGAUAUGCAUGUUUCAGCAAAGUGUUGGCUGGAGAUUGGAAGUGUGUGCUUUGGCAGGGACGUGGAGAAGUAAAUGCCAUGGAAAAGAAGUUAGAAAAGGACAUGCAGAAGGGGUGGAUACAGUGAUGUUAUUCAGCAGCAGGAUAAAGGGUGUUGCAUAUAUCAAAUCAACUGUGUGUACUUGGUCAUAUAAUUUGUGUGCGCGCAAUGGCUCUUAGGGUGAAUUAACAGAGAUAAUGGUAAGAAGUAAUUCUUCACAUUUUUGUAUAGAUGUACACACACCUUGCACACCCAGUGUGUUGUGUCUGUGCAAUAGCAUUUGUAAAAAUGUAUGUAUAUGUGUGUGGGGGCGGGUUCCAUCUUAUUGAAAAAUUAAUUACCAUCCCAAUAUGUGGAAAUUUACCCCGAGGGAAAGGAUCUUCAGUCUCUUUGCUAUGUUAUACAUAAGACACAACACCAAGUAAGCAAAACCAAAACCAUACAGCAUUCCUAGAAUAUGUAUGAACUUGCUUGGCUUUAGACCUUUCAAGGAAGUAAAUCAAAUUAUUCCAGUUAUGUAAAUUAUUCUUUUCUCUUUCUUUUGUUUCUACCUGUUACGUCCACCACUUUCGUUCCAUCUGCCUGCCAUAAACAAUUUUCUUUUUCUUAAAGUGUUUCUGUCACCUAGAUAAGACCUCUCUAUCUGGUCCCUUGGCUAGUGGCAGAAUAUAAAUCUCUUUCUAGGCCCUACAGGCAGACAACACUAUGUUGUUUACUUCCUUUUCUCCAACAUCCCCACCUCCUUAUUACAGAUUGCUGGCUGUGUGCCACCUCACACCCAGCCACCCUGCAAACUUCAGAAUUCACAUUUCCACUAUCCAUUUGGAAGGGUUUUUUAAAAAACAUUUUUUGAAAAGUACCUUCUGUCACAGGUCUUUCUUCCCUAAAAAUCCUAAGGGCUCAUCCACACUUCCUGCUUGUCCCAUGCUUAGAACCCAUGGGUCUGAGCAAUUUUCUGCUUGUCCUGCUGCUUUCCCCUGGGGAAACUCUCUCUUUGCCACUGAAUUGGAGCAAAGUGGAAAACGCAGUUGACAUUUGCUCUGAUUCAGUGGUAAAGAGUGGGAUUUCCCAGGGGAAAGCUGUGGGACAAGUGGAAAGCAGGAUCGAGCCCUAACAUUUUCAAUUUUCAGAUUGUGCUUGUGAAAAUUCCAUGUCAGACAGGCAUAUCUGUGAUGCCACAUCAGAAUCCAGCAAAACAGAGUUUUCUUAUUUGGGUUGGAAGAAAGCUUCGAAGUAUAAACCAUGUUCACUUGCCAUGUGCUGACUUGUUGCCAAAUGUUAGUGCUGUGCCAGCUCUGGUAACAUAAGUCUCCCACAAUCAAGUGUGGAAGCACUAUUGGGGAAAUACUAUUACUGACUAUGAUGUACUCUGGCAUGGCAAGUUCAUAUGGUCAUAGAAAACCCUGCUGCAUCCACUGUUUGUGGACCUACAGCAUAUGAAGGAAGGGUUGCCACAUGUCCUCUUUUACCAGGACAUGUCCUCUUUUUCAUGGGUAUGUAAAAUGAGAGUUGUCAUAACAAUCCAUAGUUAAAAGUAGAAGUCAGCAAAUGUGUCCCUUUUUUUUUUUGCCCUAAUAAGGUGAAACAUUGCCAACACUGACUACAGGGCUAAACUUGUUUGAAUUCAUAUUUAUGAUCUAAUGUUUUGCAUCUCUGAAUCAUUUAUCAAUUCAGGUUCUGUGGUGUGUGUGUGUGUGUGUGUGUGUGUGUGAAAUUGCCAAGAGAUUUUUUGAACCAUCUUACUACAUAGUCAGCUGAAAGUAGUGUCAAGUUCUGGAUAUUAUUCUCCAGGGAAGAAUAAAAGGAAAUGUACUCCUAAGGUUUCAACCAGCUGUUGACUUUAAUGACAGCCUUUGAAAAGGUCCUGUUGGAAUCAGAUCAGACUUGUAUAUGUGGCUAUCAAAGCUACAGCUUUCUGUUUGUGGAAUUUAAGAACUUAAUAGAUUCACACAUUGCCUGAGACUUUUUGAAAUUAGGGGUGGGAUGACUUGUGCUGCAGACACCAAGUAAAUCAGUGUGAGUUAUAAUAAAAAGAAACCAAAAUGCACAGGAAUAAAGCUAUUUGAAAGCAUAUUGGAAGAAUGUUCUGCUUUAUAGGGCAGGAGUCAUGUAGGCCAUGUAAUUAAAUGAAAUAGUCCAAAUAUAGAAGAUCACAGUUGGAUUAAAAUGGCAUUCUGUUACAAACUUGAUCAAAUGCCUUCCAAAAGAAAUGUUUAGCUAAGUAAGAGAGUUUGCCAUUAAAAAGACCCACCUUGGUAUCCUUACUAGACCAAGUCGUCUGAAACAGGGUCCUGGAGGAGGAAGACUCCCAUUGGACAAGGCAUUCUUUUGACUAAAUGAUACACUUGCAUUUUUCAAGAGCAUCUUGUUACUCUUUAAUUCCAGGACUCUUUCCAUUACUAUCUGAUAGGGGAAGAGGGGAUAGAUAAAUAGAUUGUGAUGAUUUGUUAAUUUCAAGCUUUGGUUCCAUUCGCCAUCUUCUGACAGAGCUGAGGAUUCUGGACAUCUGUUUUGCUCAUAGGUGUGUCUUCAUAUGAUGAUCUCUAGAAUGGCAAUCAAACCUUAGGACUGAUUUGUUUUGCUUUUUUUUUCUUUAAAUAUAUCUCAAAGCUGCAGUUAGAUCAGCCACGGACAGUAAAAAACAGACAAGCAGAGAACAAGAGCAAAACCCUGCUGUGGGCUGACCACACAAUUAUGAUCUCACUAUGCUGGCAGCCUUUAUACCAAUACGGUAUUAUGUAAUGUAACAAUCCUAUGCACUCCCGGCAGCAAAGUAAAAAGCAAAACAGUGCUUGUAGAGGCAAGAGAUAACAUAGUACACAGCCACUCCCACAAGUAUUCUUGGCAACUCCGCCAACACCUGCCAGCCAUGAUGUUAUGCCCCCAUAAUACUCAUGCAAGGUACCAAUCAUCAGUGGUGAUGGUGGCAACAUCACGAUGCUGUCACAUGUCCCAGCCCAUGAUGUGGCUCCAUGCCAUGUAUCUUCCUAUGGGAUCUGUGUAACUUUGCUGCAGGGCUGAUGUAUAUGCUGCUGCCGUAGGUGGCUGUUGAGCUGGUUGGAAUUCUGUUGUCCAAGGUGGUUGUGUUAGGGUGGCCAUUUGUCCUACAGAGGACCAUUCUCUCUUAAAGAGUAAUCCACCCAAGCGUGGUUUCAAGUUAAGGAACUAUAAGAAGGGAGAGCAGGGUUAAAGUUGCAACUAGGCAGCAGAUUAAGCAGGUACACAGAUCCGCCCAGGGUAGCUUCUUCCCCACUAUGGUGACAUUUAUCUUUCUAGUGAUUCUUUCGAAAUGUGCAUCUAGGUGCAUAUAUAUGCAAGCAUAUGCAUGAUUUAUGCAAAGAUGUGUCCUUUUUUUUGGUGCGGUGUUUUCUUUUUUGGCAAUGCAGAACUGGCAACCCAAAGCGGUGGAGGCAGAAAAGGAGGCACUGAUGGGCAGACCAGUGGUUUUACUUAGCUUUUUCUCUUUUUCUGGUGUAAUGCUAUCUCCUUGUUGAUAGAGGGACAUAUCCCCCCAAAAAGUAUAAUUUUGGGGACUUUGAGCAGUAAUUCGGUGAAACUUAAUUGGAGUUCAGGUGGAUAUUAUUUGAUUGUCACUUCCGUGGAUGUUUAGUUCCAUUCGGUUAGUUCCACUAGCUAGUCUGCUGAUUAGUAUAUCCCUAAUUACAAGAAACAUGUAACUUUGCAAUUAGUUCAUGAUCCCAAAUUGUUCGUCAUGUGGUGCCCCAAUUAUGGAAUUGUUUCCACAGAGAGGUCCAUCUGAUGCCUGUUUUGUUGCAUUUUUGGUGCAAUGCAGACCUUUUUUUAUUUUCCCAGUCUUUCCUGGCUUAAUUUAGUUCUGUUGAUAGUUGUUUUUUUAAAAAAAGGUCUUCCUGCCUUUUGUUUAUGUUUUUAUGAUUGCUUGGUGGGCUUUUUGUUUUAUUUAAAUAAAAAGUGUGUAUCUUGAUAGCUGCACUUCCUGUUUCUACACUCAUUCUUUUCUGAAAACAACAGAUAACACAGGGGUGGGGGUGGGCUUCUGGUUGCUAUAUAUAUCUGGCUGGCCACUGUGAGAACAGAAUGCUGGACUGGAUGGGACUUUGGCCUGAUCCAGCAGGACUCAUCCUAUAUUCUUACAGUCAAACCUCAGUUUUCUAACGUCUUGGCUGCCGAAGACUUUGGAAGCCAAACGCCAAAAACCCGGAAGUGAAUGCUUCCAUUUUUGAACGCGCCUCGGAAGUCAAAUGGCUUCCGAUGUGCAUUUUUCAUUUCUUUCCAUUGAACUUGCUGACAACCCUUUGAUCCUCGGUUUUUGAGCGUUUUGGAAGUCAAAUGGACCUCUAGAACAGAUUACGUUUGAAAACCGAGGUUCCACUGUAUGAAAUUGAUGAUUUUAUGUCAUUUCAAUGUUCACAGAGUUUUCUGUUCACUAUGAAUGAUUUCUGUGCUCACUCCAAAGGAUAAUGAUAAAGAAAGUCAAUAAAAUAAUAUGGGCAAAAUCAAUUUUAAAAGUUGCAGUUUAUCUGUGUGUAAGUCCCAUUGAACUCUGUGGAAUUUACUUCAGAGUAAACAUGCUUCAGAUUGCACUUCAAGUUCUUUUGCUUUCUGUUGUACAGUUAAGCACCUGCUUAAAUCCCUUCCAUUGAAAUAAAUGGACUUCACAUUGCUUAAUGUGUCAGUGUGGUGUAGUGGUUAAGAGCGGUAGUCUUGUAAUCUGGUGAACCGGGUUCGUGUCUCCGCUCCUCCACAUGCAGCUGCUGGGUGACCUUGGGCUAGUCACACUUCUCUGAAGUCUCUCAGCCUCACUCACCUCACAGAGUGUUUGUUGUGGGGGAGGAAGGGAAAGGAGAAUGUUAGCCGCUUUGAGACUCCUUCGGGUAGUGAUAAAGCCGGAUAUCAAAUCCAAACUCCUCUUCUUAAUAUUGGUUGGUUUCUUCCAUAUAUGCCAGCAUUUCUAGUUGCUUGCUUCUAGAGUGAGUUGGUUUGCUGGCCUAAAAUGGAAUUCUAGUGGGAAAUGAAAGUGUGGGUGAAACAAUGGAAAUUAGGAGCAUCUGAUACUCCUAGAGAGAAGUGCAGGUUCAUGAAUACGAAGAGAGGCCAUACAUUUGUAAGUACAUAUAGUUGGUAGUGUUGCAAUAUUCAUUUAAUAGGAAUGUCUCUGGUAUAAAGUUGCUAACAUGCUGUUGUACCAGCAACUGGCUUUGAAUUUUUUUCAGCAAUUGCUACCUUCUGCUUUACAGCAUGGGAGGACACCUCUCCAUCUUGCAGCUUAUAAGGGUCAUCUCCGCGUUGCCCAGAUUUUGCUCAAAGCAGGCUGUGAUGUGGAUCUUCAGGAUGAUGUGAGUAGUUCUAACCAUUCUUACACCAGGGAAAGCCCUUGUGUCCCUGCGUUAGCCAUCCAAAGAACACUGCAACAAGUUUUCUCCUUUUAGAGACUGAUUCUGUUUCAAAAAGAUGUUUGCUUUGUUUACUAAGGGUACUUCCAGAUGGCAGCUUAAUAUUGCAAAUGGUUCAUUGGAAACAGGCUUUUUCUCCACGUUGGAUUUUACACGGAAAGUGUAAAUCUGAACCAUUAUUAUUAUUAUUUUGUGGGGAGGUUGGCAUUUUGAUGCUGCCAAAGUUGUAUGGAUACUUCAAACAACAACAGAAGCCUGCAUGCAGGAGAAGCAUUAAUUCCACAAUAAACCCCCUAUCUGGAAGGACCCUAAUUUUAAAGCUUUAUAGGACAGCAUGUAACUGGGAUGGUCAAAGACAGUGGUUCUGUAGUGCCUUGGGGCUUUUUCAAAAUCUGCAAGGAUCGUUUUGCCAGAUACUUUUCAAUUUAUUUUAAGCAUAAAUAAAGAGUAGAUGUUGCCUUUCAGAGUAGUAGAAGGUUUUUCAAUAUGGUAUUGGACAGACACCAAGUGUUUUUAGACUUCACAGGCCUUUCCUUCCUCCAGGAAGCUCAGAGCUAAGCUGUGCUGAAUGUUCACAUCUGCAAACAUUCCAUGUGAAAUUAGUGCUUUGAGGGAGCUGAAUUCCUACCCCUGAACCUUACUCAUCUUUUUCACUGCUGUUCUUUUUGGUCCCACUUUUCUUAGAGCUGGAAACUCUCACCACCACCCACCAUCACAUCAUUCAUGCUAUUCAGAGGUGUGAAACCCAUGGCAAGAAUGCUUGCAUUUAUAAUGCUCAGGACAUUUCUGAGCGGAACCAAAAUGCUUUAUGGCAUGGAAAUCACUCUAUUUUUGUACUCCUAGUGGAUGGUUCUUUGCCAUUCAUUGAACUAAUAUAUUGUGAUCAGCCUUAACAUUAAAAAAGAAACGUUGAAAGAAGCCUUUAUUUUCAUAUUUUUGGCAGAAUUUGACUCUCAUAAAAUCUGUGCAGCAUGAAUACUGUUGUUGCGCUCAAACAAACUUUUACUAGCUGGGGUGAAAGUGGUUUUAUUAUUGAAAGUCACAUUAUGUACAAGUUAUAUAGAGCGGGUAUAUUCAUUUGAUGAAGUAAAUAUAUUCUCUCUUCCUGUAGCUUUCCUCCAGCUAGUAGAUAGCAUAGAUGAAAUGCAAUGUUGUAUCCAACUAGGUUCUAUUCAGAGCUUGGCUUAAGUUCAUUGAAUUUUUCAGUGGAUCUGCUCUGGGUAUGGCUAACAUUGGAUUUCACUCAAGGUGGAUUUUUUUUUUUUUAAUCCAUUUACAUCCCACCUGAGAUAUUUGUACCUCUUUUAUUGAUUGAAUGCGUUUAUAUUCCACCUUUCCUUCAAGGAGUUCAAAGUGGUGUACAAGAUUUUCCCUCCCCAAGUUUAUCACCACAACAACCCUGUGAAGCAGGCUACCUGAGAGGUAGUAAUUGGUCCAAGAUCACUCAUUAAGCUUCAUGGCUGAUUGAGGAUUUGAAGCUGGGUUUCCUCUGUCCUGGUAGCAACACUCCAGCAACUAGACAACAGUAGUUGUUUUACACCAGAAAGAACUUGCAAAUGUGGACUUAGAAACAUAGUUCUGCGGCCUCCUGGAUUGCAAAUAUUCUCAGCUUUCAAAACACUGUCCUUUAUCCUGUUUUUUUCCAGUGAACUGUGAAAGUCAAUAACGAUAUUGUUUUUAUAUCCUAUGUAGUAAAUACAUAAUUGCCCAAUUAAUUUUCCAUCUGCCAAAUGUUGCAUAGCAUAAAGAAACUCUUAAAAAUGUUGUGGAGGAUUUAAAAUGCUGACUUCAUGUUCUACAGAUGUUGAUCGUUAACAUAUUGUAAAAGACCUUAUCAUUAGUUGAAGAAUGACCUCCAGUGGCCUUGAAUGGGAUUAUUAUGAAUUUCAGCCUGUGGAGACCAGCUCUGUAGAGUAUGAAACCCCAAGAAGUAACUCUUUCCUUCUCCCUGCUAAUCCUGCAAGCCCUUAUUGGAAUCCUGAUGCCAUCUCUGAUUGGUCAAUGAGUGUUCAUACAGCACAUACCUCAGAAAUAGUCAAGGGAAAAGUGGCCCUGGUUAAAGAAGUCAAGGAAGAAAAAGAUAAGAAAAAACAGAGGAGAAAGGCUAGAAAAGAUCCUAGAAGAUUGCAAAGAGAGAAGGAGGUUAGAACUGUUAACUUCAGCUUCUCUGCGACACAGUUGCAUGUACCAUUUGGAUUGGCCAUCUGGCAUGUCAGAGCUACUUUAAAAGUGCAUGGUUGCAUGUCUGACUUUUUUAAAAUUAUGCUUUGCCAAAAGGUUAUCUACCUGUGUCCUUUUCACACAAGAGUCCCACUAAUUGUUUUGUGGUUACCAUAUUUAAAGGAACUGCUUCCUGGGAAUUGUUUGCAUUGCCAAAAUCUAAAGCAGAGGUGGAGAUCUUGUGGCUCUCCAGGUGUUAUUGAGCUCGCAUCUUCCAUCGACCUCAGCUAGCCUGGCCGGUGAUCAUGGAUGAUGGAAGUUGUGGUCCAGCAACCCCUUGCUCAAUGCAUUCCCUAUGCCUGAUCUGUUGUACAGUUCUGGACUCAUAAAAGUCACUGGCCAGCUAUGAAUGACCUUGCACUUAAGAAAUAGUUUCUGCAUGAAAAUAAUGGAGGGUAGACGGGUAUACUGUGCCUCAAAGGUGGCUCUUAUUGGCUAGUUUUGGCUAGUUGGACAUUUAUGUUUUGGUGGUACAUACAGCAAUUAACACUGCACAAUUUCCUCUUCAUUUGUCCACCUUCAUCCUCCGUAACACAUGAUGUAGUCGGGACUAGGGGAGGAACAGAGCUCUAAUUAUUUCCCAUAAUAUUUUGAGAACACUGUUGCACUCUUUUGUGUUGAGUGAAAAUACCCACUUCACUCCUAGUCAUUCUUAUGUGCUAUCCUGUGUGGAUAUAUACAGAUGUAGCUGAUUUAUGUGCAACAGAACACAUGACUUUGAUAGCCAAAGCAAGCUGGCCUGGACAACUAUUUAUAAAACAGUUUUCCACCUUGAUGUUGGUUGUCUUUCAAUUACUCUCUUUGUUAUUGCACUGGAAAUGCAUUUUUCUGUUUGUGACUUGAGAUUCCUUUUAAUUGGAGGGAAAUGGUUCCCAGAGCAUAUGUUGUCUUCCUCAAAUGCCAGUAUGUUUAAUAAGUCCUUUAAUGAACUACAUUAGUUUUUCUUGUUGCUGUCACUCUGAUCUAAUUAAAAUAAUUGUUACAACAAAAAUCUAUCAAGCGGGUGAGCAAGUGGGUCUUUUGUUAUGAAACAAUCAUCAGCCUAAUCCAUUCUAUCUGCAACAGCUGGCUCUUGAGCAGUGCCAUUUAGAAGGCUUUGGGUUUGAGCUGCAGGGAAUCAUAGUAGCUCAUUUCAGUCCCAUGCAUCCCAGUGAAAAAUGUAGCUUGAUUUUAUGAUCUUUUAUAAUUUGGCCUUUAUUAUUUUUUAAAAAUAACAUUUGAAACAAUAAGAAAAUAGUAUUUGAAAGAAAAUAGUAUCUGAACAUGCUGCUCGGAGAACUCUGUGUUCCUUGAAAUGUUUGUACAAAUAAAAUGGUCUCCUGCUGCUAUCAGAAGAUAUUUUCUGUACUUUCCCCAAUAGCUUCACAAUGGGUCAAAUUGCAAACUGUCACAUAACCACUUUGCUGCAGGCCAGGCAUUGCAUGGAGCCACUCAACUUACAUUCCAGCUUCUUUAUUUAGACUGAAAACAGACAUAACUUCUAGGAAUAGUGGAUGCAGUUUGAACAUGCGUUGACCCAGUUUGCACGUCACGGUAACCCUAAUGGUGUACCAUGAAAAUGGUUUUCCUGUCCUGUUCAUCUCCCUACUAAUGGUGGGGCAAAACAACCAACACCCCUGGUUUAGUGUUAAUGUCUGAUCCAUGGGAUGUGGUUUGUUUCGCUUCAACAAACCAGUUAGGAAUCCCAAGGGCAAAUAUUAGUGACAGAUUGUAUGGUUUGUUGCGAAUGAAACAAACCAUCACCCCUAGUUCUGAUGUAACGCUCAGCCAAGGUUCAUGGCCUGUUUCUUCCUCUUCAUCAAAUAUAAGCCCCAGUAAUGGCCAGCAGGUGUGUGUUGCUGCUGGUUACCAAGAGGGAGGGCAAGGCAGUGGGGAAACUGGCAUGUUGUGGGUGCAGAGUGGGGAGCUGUGAUGCUGCACCUUCACUGUGCCAAUCUCCCUGCUGCCUCUCCCUUUCUCCUCUCAGUAACCAGCCGUGACACAUGGUGUUGGUAAGCCAGGAGAGCAACACAGCCCCGCUGGCUGCAUAAGGCUUAAAAAAAAACCCCACCACACGUCCAAAUAGUUGGUUGACCAGUCAAACAUGCGGCCUUUGUAAGUGCAUUGUUCAUUGGGCUAUCUAGAUAUCCAUGGAUAUUGAAAACAUCAGUCAAUUGCCUGUCAGUUUGCUGAACUUUGCCUGAUUUUGUUCCAUCUGAAAGAACUAGAUGAUUGAGGAACACUCAGAGCUACUUGAGUGAUUCCGAGUCAGUUAAUCUGCUGAUCUGGUGAUACAUAGUGCUAGGUAGAAGUUUGCUAGGGAGGACAUAUGGUGAAGCCCAUGAUUUGUAAGCAGUGUGUGUUGGAGUGGGGUAUGACUUUCAGAAUUGUAAGCUACCAGCAGUUAAUGGUUACAUCAUGUAAUGCUUCUACAAGGAAAAUGAUGGGGGUGGGCGGAGCAUGAUAACCUCUGUGGCUCACCACAUACAGUUGCCAGCGCAUUAGUUUUCAUGCUGGAAAACUUCACAUGUGACAACAGCCUACACUUAAGUUUCAUGUUCUUCUUUUUCUAAAUGGGAAUUCUUUCUGUGUAGGAAAAGUAUAACACGUGAAGUGACCUAAUUGCUUAGGUUGUCUGCUAAUAGCUAGACCAGUGUAAUGUUGCACAAUGUAGAAUUUGGAAUUUGGAAACCAGAGUGUGGCUUGCUCUUAAACUCAUACAGUAUUUCAGUAGCACUGUGUAUGUUGCUGCUUAUGGGGAUGGGAUGUUUUGAUGCGGCUAAUUGAUAUGCAUGUAUGUUGAUGUAGAUUUGAAAUAAAAUGUGUGUUAGUAAAUAAUGGGUGCUCUUUGCAGGGUGACCAGACAGCUUUGCAUCGAGCUACCGUUGUGGGAAAUACAGAUGUAAUAGCAGCUCUCAUCCACGAAGGCUGUGCUUUGGACAGACAAGACAAGGUUAUUGCCACUUUUGUGUUUAUUCUCUUUCUGUGUUAUGUUGUUGUCUCUGGAGGAAGCUCUCUCCAACUUGUUUGUGUCAUUUGCUGUAGAGGAAAUAAAUAUAAUGCAGAAUAACACAACACAAGUACAAGCUCUUGAAAAUACAUAUCUGUAUUGAAUUGGUAAACUUCAUUUUUUUAUAAGUAAACAUCAGUCAUAGCUAAAUACAAAACAACACAGCAUAUGGCAACAUACAUGCAGAGCAGCAUCACUGUAAAUACAAUAAUUACACAAACUUUCUUAAUCUUUGUACUAGUUACUAAUGUUUCCUUUUUUGUUGUAUUCAAGUGGCAGUGGGCUACAGAUCCACAUAAACUCAAAGCAUAUGUCUUCCCCUAAAGAAUACUGGGAACUGUAGUUUGUUGGGAACCACAGCUCUGUGAGAGGGAAGCACCAGCCAAGUGCUUUAAAUUUGCAUUGGGUGUGCUAUAUACGUAUGGUGGGCAUCUGCAGUGUCCAACUGGAUUAUUUCCCUUCAAGUAGUAGGAUGCUAUGAGCUGAUAACCACAUUGUUUUGAGGAAACCCACCCAGGGCUGCUACCCUUGCUGGAAACCCCUGGAGGGGAGAGUGCUCUUGUGCUAAAUCGUGCUUGCUGGUUUCUCACAGGCAACUCUUCUGCCCCUGUAAGAACAAGGUGCUGGACUAGAUGGGCCAUUGCCUUACUCCAGCAGGCUCUUCCUAUAUUCUUAAGUUCUUAGAUGUCACUGCUAGGGAUGAACCUUAGCCCUAGGCCCCGCUCCCUCCUUUACACAUUUUUUUCUGCUUAGCUUAACCAUGGUUAAAGGCUGCAUUGGCACUGAUGUUUAUCAUAGUAAAUGCUAACCAGGGAUUGCACCUAGCUGUGGUUUCUAGUGUACUUCAAACUCUGGUUAGCCUCAGGUAAAUUAAAUGUUGAUGCUGAGCUGAUGCUGGGUUAACAAAGAUUGGGACCAGGAGGGUUUUACUUCCUGAAAAAGGGGGGGAGAGAGUGGCAGUGAGUAUGCGAAUUCCCAUGGUCUGCGUAUAGUAAUUCAGUCAUUUAACAUGGCAUCCAAAUAGAAUUAUAAAUAGCACCUCCGGAUAUAUGCAGUAUUUUCUCUAUAUGGACACAGUACUCUAAACUGCUGCUUUUCUUUUGCCUUCAGGAUGGGAACACAGCUCUCCAUGAAGCCUCUUGGCAUGGAUUCAGCCAGUCUGCCAAACUGCUUGUUAAAGCAGGCGCAAACGUUCUUGCCAGAAACAAGGUGAGAUGCAUGCAGAAAGGAGCAUUCAAGUGCUGCUCUGUAAAAAAAAGGAAAAGAAAAGAAUAACUAAUUUUUAAAUGGGAGUUUUUCCUCAUCAGUAGUUUCCAGCGGAGGCAUUUCUGGAUAAGUGGCAGUGCAUUUUCUUGGCAACACUCUUCCAUUUCAUUUAAGAUGGACUAUGCCUUGAUUAUUCUCUUUGAGAGAAAACUUGUAUUCUGGCAGUUGAUGCACGCGCGCACACACACAUGCACACACACCGCUCUGUUGGGAAUGAAUGUUGCAUUAAUUAUGGCUGAAGAACUAUCAAAGUCCUUCUAGCACCCUAAUCAGUACAGAAGCGUGUGAAAAUGAAUUGAACAAACAAGAAAAUGUCAAUUAAAAAAACCCCAUUUAUCAGAAACAAGAAAGCCAGACACAUGAAUGGCAAAACUGAGGGGAAACAGCUUGUCUUCCAUGAGACUUUCAGACACUAGGAUAAGCUCUUGUUGCAAACUUUUGAGAGAGACUCAGGUGUUCUUCCUCCUCUCAUCUAUAUUAUGUUUUGAGGAACGUUUUGCAGAGAGGACUGGUGGGGGUGGGGACAGCAAAAGGUUGGAUCCUGUCUUUUUCUAAGUCAGCAAGAGUGUUUCCUUUUGCAUACGGUAAUUCCACUCAGUGGAAACUCCCACCAGCAGAAAGCAGGGAGGUGACUUUUGCUAAUUGUGCCACCUUUCAUGCUGUUCUUCUGCGUUGGUGAAUCUUUCAGAACGCUCUUGGAAAACGUUACUAGAAGGUGUUUGUGUAUGUGAUCACAAAUCAAACAAGCCAAAAGGUGAAGGGUCAUACGGUAUCCCUAAUGAUGAAGCAAAUCACUUAAGACAAAUUAUGACAUUACUAAAAAAAAAAGUUAAAGUGUGGUUAGUGUAAAGACGAAAUCCUGGUAGUGGCAGCCAUUUUCUUUAAGACAUCUUAAAGGACUUAGAAUGGGCACAAAGUCCCUUCUUAAAAACUACAAUCACACUUUUCAAAUCUAGAUGGAAACAAACUGAUUCCUAUCCAGUUCCCAUUUACUUCUCCUCCUGCAUGUAUGCUCUACUUUUCUAUAACAAGAACAGAACCCAGUUUUUUUUUAAAGAAAGUAGCCAAUAAACUGGAAUUAUACAGGAUUAGGGAGUUCUGACCAAACUGCAGGAGGCAGUGGAAGACAGGAGUGCCUGGCGUGCUCUGGUCCAUGGGGUCACGAAGAGUCGGACACGACUAAACGACUAAACAACAACAGGGAGUUCUAUUAUAAUGGUCAAGAAAAAGAAAUCAGAAAUUUUAAAUGAACAAGAGCACUCUUGGUUUGAACUCGGGAAAUUAAGUUUAUUUAUAGCAAAAGAUAUUAUCAAACAGCAGGUAAAAAAGAGAAUUAAUGUUGUUUUAACAGCUGAUUUUGGCAUUUAAUUUUAAUGUCAAAGGACGAACUACCAAAAUUUAUAACAAAGUUAUAUAUAGGUGAUCUAACAUGAUUGUAAGAAAUGGUGUGAGAUAGUUUCGGCUUCUUUUCUAAAGGUGACUAUUGUGUUUCCCCACAUCUCUUUCCUAAGGCAGGUAACACACCACUACACCUGGCCUGCCAAAACAGUCAUUCCGAAAGUGUUCGGGUCCUGCUGCUUGGAGGCUCUCGGGCUGAUAUAAAAAAUAAUGUGAGUGUUACCAAAAUCUAUAUCUGCAGAUUUGAUAGAGAAAAACCCUCAAAUGCAGUCUUUGAGUGGAAAAAAAUAAUGUGACCAUGCUUAGAUAUGAGUUUUGUGGCCGGUCCCAUUCCAAAUUAAUUAUCAGUUGAAUGGUUUUGAAUGAGUUUUCUGAAGGUUUAAAAACCUUUACAUUUUAACAGGAGAGGAGCAAAUUUGCAAUCAACCUAACAAAGGCAGAAAAACAUUUUGUAAGGGCAGCAGGGCAGCUUGCACCCCAACCUCAUAUCAGUGUUGCCAACUAAAUGGGCCAUGGAUGUUGGAGAAAAAGAAGCGUAACUGCUCCAUGUGGUUAACCAGAUUUCCAGUGUACAGCACUUGCCCCUGCAUGUUUACCCAGAUGCAUAUUUCCUCACUGUGUCCAGUCAGGCUUACUCCACAGAACCACAGCUUUACUGUGUUAAGGCAUUAUGUUAGCUUCCUUACUGUGAUUUGCCUCCCUUAUUUUUAGGCAGGAGACACCUGUUUGCAUGUCGCAGCUCGAUAUAAUCAUUUGCCCAUCAUUAGGGUGCUCCUCAGUGCUUUCUGUUCUGUCCGUGAAAAAAACCAGGUCAGUGCAUGAACUUCAUUGCCACUACACUCCAAUUUCUAUAAGGCUUCUAAAGUAUAAUCUGAUUCCGGUAUUUAGAACAAAAGAGGUGGCUGUUGUGCUCUGAACUAUGGAGAAAGCUUUUGAAAUUAUUCCCCUUUAAAUUAAAGUGCUGCUAUAUCAUAGGUAUUAUUUUGGCCUCAAGAAUUGCCUUAAAGAAAUGGUGUGUCCUUAGUUUGUCACAUCAGAGCACGUUGUUGCAUUUACAUUUCUUAUCUGUACUCUUUAAAUAUAUAUAUCUGUAAAUGAAAAGCUGCAACAUUGAGUCUAUGCUCCUGCUUCUGCCAAGACUCAUUCCAUGGCAUCUUGCAUAGCUCAUUGCAAAUACUGCAACCAGCAGGAAGAUCAUUUUCAAGUGGUCAGUGGGUGGGUGGGUGGGGUAGUUUGGGAACCACUGAUUUAAGACACAACACCACAACACCAUUUAAGACUUAAAUGAAGUUUGCUUCUACUGUCUUGUUGUUCAACACAUCUACUUCAGAACGUUGUAGAAAAAUAUACUUCAAAAGUAAAAAUAACCAUGUACAUGCGUAGUCAGCUGCCUCGUGAUAAAAAUAUUAUUAGAAAUAAGAAAGAAAGGAAGCUGUGGUGAUGUAUCAUGAACCUUGGAGGUACAUUGAUGCUCGUCCUGUUUGCACUUGCCUUCAUCAUCUGCCACUCUCCUUUGGGACCUUCUGGUCUGCAGGGCUCUGGAAUUUGGGUCCAAGAUGCAACCUUAGUUGCACUGUUAACUGGAUUGUCCAAAGGAAUUUAAGAUGCUGUGGAACAAGUGUGGUGACAAGUGUUGGCUGUGGCUUCCAUAGGAUCCUUUACAAUAUCUAGUUACACUGAAUUGCUAAUAUGUGACAAGUCUCAAAGCCAAUAUACUGGGGAAUACAUUUGUGGGUGUGGGUGCUUUUAAUUGGCUUUACAUAUUUUCACUGCUGUUUUUAAUAGGGCUAUUUCUUUACUUUUUAAAUCCUAUUUAUUAUGCAUUUUUAGUUCUUUCUGUUCUAAUUUAUGCUGUGAGCUGCCUUGGGUCCUUCAUUGGCAGAAAGGUGGGGUAUUCAACCAACCAGUCUGCUAGAAUGACUCAACAAUAUGGUAAUACAAAAUGUGCACCCUCCUUUUGGGUGGCACAAAAUGGUGCUGUUUGUCCGGACCUCAAGGGGGGGCAUGUUCAAGUUUCAUUCUGCUUUCUUAACCUCUAGGCUGGUGACACGGCACUUCAUGUAGCUGCUGCUCUGAAUCAUAAGAAGGUGGUCAAACUGUUGUUGGAAGCAGGAGCUGAUGGUACAGCCAUUAACAAUGUAAGCACUGAAGUCACUGAAGUCCUUAUUCUUACUGUUUCUAGUUAUUUUUUCCUGAGUGUUGGAUGACAGGACAGCAUUGAUGAAAGGAGUGUCUGGUUCUUUUAAUUUCUAAAAUGUCAUUUGGAGAGAAUCGUGUUUUCUCUUUUCUCUUGCAGGCUGGUCAGACCCCGCUAGAAGUUGCCAGAGAACAUGACAACCCUGAGGUUGCUCUUCUACUCACUAAAGCCCCACAGGUACAUUAUGAAUACAGUUCAUUAAUGAUCGACUCAGAAGGAUCAUUCUGCAAAACUGCUCUGGAAUAAAUGUCUCACACACUAGUGAAGUGGAUGUGUUCCAGAUGUUGACAAAGAAAAGACUUGAUGAUACUCAUUCUCGCAUGCAUAAGCAAGUGGGGUGUGUUGUGUCUAAUGUAUUGUACGCUGUGCUGUAGUUAGUGCAUUUGGUUCAAAAACUACAUUCUCUGCCCAUUUCAGAAUUUACUUUGCUGCUGCUGCUACAUUCUAGGAACCGGGCAGAUAUUUUAAAGCAUCCCUUUCUGUAAUUGGACCAGGAUGACUGGGUCAUCAUGGUAUUAACUUGAAAUGUUGCUACAUGCAGAUCUUGCGCUUUAAUCGUGGAAGAAGCCUGAGGAAGAAGAGGGACAGACUGAAAGAAGAAAGGCGUGCUCAGUCUGUACCAAGAGAUGAAGUGGUGCAAAGCAAGGUACAGCCAGCUUUCUAUGUACUGAAGGCAAGGAAUGUGGUCUGAGUGCUUGAGUCCCCCACCUCUUGAAAGUAUUUUUUUCAUCUGCCAUGAGUGUUUCACCUUUUGCGUUGUUGUGCUUUAAGCACCUGGAGGAAAAUAAUUAGUACCUGCAUUACAACCUAGGUGAGCCCUCUUCGGUUGCUGCUGCUGCUCUGUUUGGAAUUUGGAGAACUGUUGUGUUCAGGUCUGAAUGUGAGAACUUAUCAGAGAGCAAAGAUCAGCAUCUCUAGCCCCCUUGCCUGUGUGUGCUUUUAUUUUGAAACAGGGCAGUGCCUCAGCUGCUGAUGACACUCACAGCAGUGACCAGGCCCUUCAGGGGAGAGGUGACAUGAAAGAGGAAGCACAGUUGCCUUUAUCAGAGCUCAGAGGGAGGAAGAAUAAAAAGAAGAAACCAAGAGAAAAGGUACCGGCAGAUGCAGAAUGACAGCGGGAGGGCGCUCUUAAUCUAGGCGGUUUCUCUCAUCUCCUUCCAUUCAUGGGCAGGCUUUCUAAAACAUGCCUACUUUGGUGCCCUCUGUCAGAGACAUCAUCAACCUUUCUAUAGUUUCAAAGAGAAUGGGCGAUGGGGUAGCUGACCUUCAGCCGGAGGGGAACAAUGGGCCCCACAGAUUUCUGUCCCCCCCAUUUGCUUAAACAAAAGUGUAAUAGUAGUAGUAGUAGUUGCUGCUGUUAAUAUCAUCACCAGCUUCUGUGAAUCCCUCAUGCCAAGUGAGAGGCCCGAAGGGUUGACCAUGGGUGAUUGCAGCACACAGCCUUAAAAGGAUUAGCUGCUCCUGCUCUUGACCAUGGGGAGGAGGUUUGGGUCCAGACUUCACAUGAGCAGACUGCUGCUCAAAGGAUGCUCCACAGAAGAAAGAGGUGGAGGCAACCUUUACUGAUUCCUUCUCCGGUGUUCCUCCUGCUGACCUGCUCUGGAAGGUCAGGGGACCCUCUGAAAGUUAUUAAAAGUGACACUGGAGGGGGAAAGGGGAACUGGCGGAAAUUGCCUGCCUCCCUUCCUGCAAUGGGGCCCUCCACUGGAUCAGAGGCCUUUUUGCAAAUGGAAGAAGCCCUUUUAGUCAUAGAAAGCUAUUAUUGGGGCCAAUUAUUCUUUAAUAUGUGUUUAAAUCUAGGCAGAUAGUGGAUGCUGAGUGCAUUUAACAGAAGCACAAGUUCAUAGCAUGUUGGGUUCAACCCAUUUUCCAAAACAGUUUGCAGAACCUGAUGAGCAGCAAACAGGAAUAUUGAUUUGAAUGAAUGAAAACAAGUCCAUAUGGCGGCCACAUUUGCGCCAAUGCAUUUCAUCACUUAAAUUGGGCAGUGGUAGCAAAUGUAACAGGAGAGAUAACAUUUGACACGUUACUUUGACAAUUUUAUUGGGUUGUUUGAAGAACACAGUUAGCUUUGAAUUUGGGUAUCACCUUAAAAUGGAUAUUGUGUGAAACAGUCUGAUCCUGAAGAAUGUGGAAUGUUUCAUAUGUGUCCUCAGCAAAGUUUAAUUAGACCUUGUUAUGGAAUACGGGGAAAAGGGGGCUUUUUGUAUGCCAAUAGAUAAGUUAUCAUGAGUGCUACAUUUGCACUCAUGGAGAAUGAAUGUGCUGGAAUAAAUAGGUUUUUUAAAAAUGGUGUAUUUUUUAAAACCAGGUUUUGGCACUCUCUGAACCCACAUCACCAGCUGAUCAGCAAGUGCCUCCUAACCCACAGCAGAAUUUGCCAAAACGCAAGAGCAAACGCCGCUGCGCAUCUCCUCCACCUCCCCAUGAAUUCAGAGCCUACCAGUUGUAUACACUUUACCGUGGAAAGAAUGGAAAAAUCAUGCAGGUAACUAUGCACUUUGUAAUUGGAUUAACAGGCAUGUACACUCUUCAGAGGGUAGGGGACAGAAAAGGAUUUAAAAGUUAAAUAUAUUAACUUUCUGUCUUGUGCCUUUGUGGGCUACCCCAGCCCGGAAGCCUUUCUGCCUGAAUGAAGGAUGGAGGGGUUUGUGUGUAUGUAGGAACCUCUGACUUCUGGGUGGCUGGAAUGUAGCCUGUACAAAGUUAAGAGUCACAUCCAUUGCUCUGCCUGUUUUUGCCUCUGGUACAUAAGCCCCUACGUUUCCCCUGAGGAAGCACAGUCCUUGACCUGAAAAAGGUUCACCAACUCUUUUAGAAAGAUUACAAGCGAACAAACUUACAUUUCCAAUGAAAGAUACUUCCUGGUUUUAGGUUUUUGUUUAACAAGAAGCUGGAGGGACUACAGAAGCUGUGUUGGCACAGCUUUAAUAGAGCAUCACAGAGAUCUGAUCGUAACUGUGUGAGCUUAAGGAGCAUACCUGGUAGCUUCUAAGCUGCAGUCAAUGGGAAAUGCUGUGGUUCUACCAUAGACUCAUUUUUACAGCAGCAGGUCAAGCGAGCUAUUUGUUUAAACUAUUGGCUGUAGUUGUGCUUUUCUUAAACAGCUAUCUUGCCAUUUUUCUCCCUAAACGAAUAAAGGCCCUCUGUAUACUCUAAAUGCGAAGGAUGAACUCUUGAGAAAAAACGUCCAGGCAAAUUUAUUUUAUUUUCAUUUCCUACUGUAUAACCUGUAUAUUUGUUUUCUCCCUGGAGGCUCCAAGCAGUACUGUUGGUUGUGGUUGCUUUGCUGUCCUUUGAGCCAAUCAUAGUUGUUAUUAAGAUACAGGGGAUGUGUUGUCACAGUUGUUUUGCUUCUUGCAGGCACCAAUAAAUGGAUGUCGUUGUGAGCCACUGAUAGAUAAAGUAGAGAACCAGCUGGCAGCCGCUGUGGAAGAAAUAAAAGCGGAGCUUGUUACAGCACAGGAUAAGAUGAACAGCAAACUAGGUCAAAUGGAAAACAAAACUCAGCAUCAGGUAAGGAAACAUUCCAUGGACAAAGUAUUUCUUCAAACACUAGGAGCCUGAUUAAAGCCUAUAGGGCGUGGUUUGGUCUGUGUCAGGAAUGGGGGACCUAUAGCCCGUAGACUAUACUCUUGGCCCAACAGGGGGUCCAAGUUGGCCCAUGAAGCCAUUUCCCCCAAAUCAUACCCACCUGUUCACCAGCUGAUGUCGCUGGGUCAACUGAUAUAGGCAGGGUCCCAUUCCCUGGGAGAACACACUGGAGUAGCAGAACCUGCAGCUUAUCCUGUUGGUGAGCAGAGGGUGCAACCCUGUUCCAUGUUUCUCUUCCCCACCUGUCAAUCGCCUUACAUCAGAACGACACCAGGUGAUGCAGACUUCAAAAAGCAGGGUGAGCUGAUUGAAAGCCCUUUUGCAAACAGCUCCACGCUGCUCUUUGAAAAUGAGGUUUUAAAGAAUAGCAAGGGGCUGUUUACAAAAGAGCACUGACUGUCACUAGGUCUUCAGGGGUUUGUCCAUCUGUCAGAUUUGGCCCUCCUAGGGGUGGGGAGACACAAGGAUCUGGCCUGCCAGCCAGAAAACAGUUCUCCACUUCUGGUCUACUUGUUACAAUCUUCAGGUGGAGGCUGCUUGAAACUCAUAACGUGGCAAUCUUUUCUAUGUGGCUGUUGCCCCAUGGAGUAGCCAGACAUUAGUUAAUUGUAUUUCUGGAGGGGCUGCAAUGCAGGACAUAGUGGCACUACUCUCCUUGCCAGACAUUCCUGCACUGAGCAAGAAGGUCUGAAAAGCCUUGGGAAGCAAGCAGGGUUUAGAAUUACCAGAAAUCUGCCUUGAUCACUGCAGUAUCUCUUAUUAUUAUCAAGGUAUCACCUUGAUCAUUUGUUUAUUGUGUCACUCCUUAGAGUCAUACCUGCAGCCAACUGAAAUAACCUGCAGUGUUUUUAAAAACACUGAAAGGAAUACUUUUAUUCACAAUGUUUCACAAAUGCCUUUUCCGCUGUCCUUUUUAGAUGCAAUUUUUGCCCUUGGUAAGUUAAAUUACCAGUAGUAAAGUAAUGAGGUUUAAUAAGUCAGCCUAUGCAUUGUUGUCAUUUCUGCUGUGCUUUCCUCUUUUAUAACAGCUCCGCGUUUUAGACAAAUUGAUGGCAGAGAGGCUGUCAGCAGAAAGAACAGAGUGCCUUCAUCGUCUUCAGGAGCAUGCCGAGUUGGAAAGGCAUGAAGGGGAGAAACGCCAGGUAGAUUAGAAAAUAAGUAUCUCGUGGAGCAUAUAAGACAAUGAGGAAUCUGAAACUUUCCAUUUAAGAUACACAGAAAAGAGCGCUUAUCUAAAAGAAUGACAAGCAAUUUUAAAAAGAAAAUUAUCUGGUUAUAGUGAGAUACAUUUUCAUUUUGAGCAGUCAUAGAUAGCUUACUUGGGUGGUUGGAAAUAAGCCAUUUAAAUAUGUUUCUUGACGGCAGCCUAUCCAUUUCAGUGAUCUUAUGUAAAACCUUUUUGCAAGAUGCUUAAACGAACCCAUAUUCUGAGGAAAUAUCUGCUUCUCAUUUGAUUUUUGUGGUGUCAUAAUUUGACUGCCUUUUAGGUAGCUAACAUUUGAACUUCCAGUUUUAGAAACCCAGCAGGAAAAUGCUUUCAGAAUGUCUCUUAAAACUUCUAUUUCCUCACAUAAUAAGAAAAAAAGUCAACAACCCUGUGCAUUGAUGAACAUGGGGGUGCAGUAAAGGUAAAGGACACCUGACUGUUAAGUCCAGUCGCGAAUGUCUCUGGGGUUGUGACGCUCACCUCGCUUUACUGGCCAAGGGAGCUGACGUUUGUCCGCAGCAGUGGUUGGUUACAUUAUUAGAUCUGAUCUGGGAGGUUAAAAACUUCACGUAGGUCAAUAUAUUUUUUAGCCAAGCAGAAGGAUGAAAUAUAAAAUGAUUAAAAAGAAUGCUCCUGCUUGCUAUCCUCAAGAAUCUUCAUAUUUGUUCUGACAUUUUUAUGGCUCUAAUGCAGCAAUAAUAAUCUUACAAGCAAUGUCCUACUCCCCCAUUUUGGUAGAAUAAGCAAGACUGUAUCUCCAGACAUACUGCACUAGCAAUUAAUAAUGGCUAUUGCAUAUACUGUGGUCCUAUCACAGUGCUACAAACCAUGGUAUAAUUACAGUGUUCCAGGCCAAUACACCAAUGCAAAUGUUCCAUUUCAGUGUGCAAGAGUGCAGAUCGGAUCCAUUAUUGCUAGGGUCUUUCAAAGAAAACAUUCAUUAUCCCAAAGCUAGAUUUGUAAACUUCCUUACUAUAUAGGACGCUAAGUUCUCUUUAACUCAGUAGAUCAGGCUGCAACAAUAAUCUAGCAUGCAUUUAGCUGCUAAAACUAAUAGACUGUCAUUUGAUGGCCUCUGAUUUGUACAUGGGUUUUUCCCUUACAGAUAUCGUUGGUGGGGGAACUGAAAGCUUGGUGCAUGCUAAAAAUUCAGAACCUGGAGUUGAAGCUUUCUGGAGACUCUAGAUCUUCAAGGCCAAAAUCAACUCUGUCUACAUGUGAGUCACUCGCUGAGACUUUGGAUACAGAGAACCUUCCUUGUACGAAGGACUGUAAAGCUAGCCAAACCCCACUGCAGUCGGAUGGUUCGCAGCAGCAUUCUUGCACUGCCCUUCAGAAUAGUGUCUCGGAAGAUACUGGAAGAAGUAGAGUGCCCACAACAGAGCAGAGCUUUGGGAAGCAGUAUUUUGUUGUUCAAGAAGCCAACACUCCAGGUAUCUUUUUGUUAGUCGUUUCUGGAGGGGAAAGCUAUGCUAGAGUAUUGUGGCAAACAAUAUUAGGGAGCACCCCCUCCAAUGCCAUCAGAUCCUCUUCCACACUGAUCAGACACAUUUUGGAUUAGUGCUUGUCUCAAUUAGGUGAUGGCUGGUAUUCAUUGUCUCUGGUUGAGACAAUGAAUACCAGAAAGUGGUUGAGAGAAUGAGCUAUGGUUAGUCAUGCGUGCACCCCCUUAACAGGAAUACUGGCUCAGAGGUUCCUCACACCUAAAAAGUACGGGGAAAUGUGUGUGUGCCUUAUGGAGCAAAUGCAGGGGGGAGGCAGGCAGGAAAAGCCCCCAAAAGCCGCACACAAGCUCCACGCGGUUCUUGCGGGCUCUUCCCCAGGAGGGAGAAGGGACUGACACGGCCAGUCAGUCCCUUCUCCCUCCUCAUAGAAAAGCCCGCAGGAGCUGCACGAUCCUUAAAGGGUGUGCGGCUCCUGUGAGCUUUUGCGGGAGGUGGGGGUAUUGCCAUAGCCGCGCGCAGGCUCUCCCGGCCGGAGGGGCUGCGCGCGCCUUGGCAAAAGCCAAGACAGCGAGUGGGAGAGGCUCGCGGAGCAGUGGGAAGGCUGCGCGCCUUUCCACUGCUCCCUGACCUGCUCUUUGGGACUGGCGGCGGGCUUCCCCCCGCCAGCCCCAAAGAGCAGGUCAAAAGAACCCGAAGCCCAGCGGGAACUCCCGCCACGCUCCAGAGGCUUCAGGAUGCCUUCACUGAAGCCUGGAGAGCGAGAGGAGUCAGCGCGCACCGACCCCUCUUGCUCUCCAGGCUUACAAGGUAGCCUCCAGAGCGCAGCGGUAACUCCCGCUGCGCUCCGGAGGCUUUGGGUGAAUGCACCUUGUUUAGAGGGGGAGAACAAGAAAAAAAUCCCCCCCCCUGUUCUCCCCCUCCUAUGGUCCGGUGCGUCCUAUAGAGCGAAAAAUACGGUAUUUCAGAAGUCAAAGUAGGAAUUUUCAAAAUGGCUGAAAGAUGCUGAUCCAGUGAGAACUCUCUUGUGAGAAAGAUGUUAUGAGUGAGUGGAGCAGUCUUCUGCAACGUGGUACCCGCCAAAUGUUUAAGACUAGUGCUCCCAUCAUCUCAGAGCACAGACCAUGCUGGCUGGGGCUGAUGGGAUUUGUAGUCCAAAAGAACUGAAGGGCACCUGUUGGGGGAAAACUGGCUUUGAUUAGCCCUGGAGGAGACAGAAGUGAUGGAGGUGAUGACUGAACUGGAGCCUGUACAGGUGCGCACCAACCCCUCUCGCUCUCCAGACUUCCAAGGUAGUCUCCUAAAGGUGACUGAACGGCACCUUGUUUUAGAGGGGGAGAACAAGAAAAAAAAAUUCUCCCCCUCUCUGCGCAGCACUUCCUGCCGCUUCGCUGAAGGGGUCCUGGGCACAAUUUUUUUUUCUUGUUCUCCCCCUCUAAAACAAGGUGCGUCCUAUGGUCGGGUGCGUCCUAUAGAGCAAAAAAUACAGUAGGCCUGGGUGCUGUAUUGAUCACCCAGGAACAGUAUGGACGGCAGAUUGUGAUGGUGGCUUCACCCAGUGGUAUAUUUUGGGUGAAACAGACAUCACACCCAAGACCCUCUCCUGCCAGCGCCACUUUCAACACUGGGCCACUGGCAGCAGAGGUGUGGUGUCUGUUUCACCCACAAUAUACCGUCGGGUGAAGCCGCCAUCACAAUCUGCCCUCCAUACGGCAGAGAGAGGAGCAAGCUAUAUUGGAGGGCCAAUACAGCUUGUUGUUUAAAUAUCACAUGAUACCUGCAGAACACGAUGUUUCACUGACAUAGCCAAUCUCUAGCUAAGGCUGGGCAGAGAGAGUUGAAGCAAUUUAGCACACAGUUGGGCAUUCUUCAACACCUUCAGUACAGGGGGUAGUCCUUUGAAACAAUCAUAGUAUUCAGGGCUUUUUUUCAGCCAGAACUCACUGGAAUGGCGUUCUGGCACGAGAAGGGGGUGGGGAGACCCGCUCUGGAGAGGCAUGGGCGGGGGCUCGUUCAGCUGUGGUGUGGAAGCCUCUCUUGAGGAGCCUCAACAAUAGGCCUGGAUGAUACGUUGCCUGGGGCCAGAGUGUGACAGUGGCUUCACCCUCUGGUACAUCAUGCGCGAAAUUGCAGCCACUCCCUCACUCAUGUUGCCACUAGUACGCUGGUGGCAGAGGGACUCAUGAGUGGCUGUAGUUUCACUUGUGAGGUACCACUGGGUAAAAACCAUCAUCACGCUCUGGCCCUCAUAACACAGAGCGACCAUGCAGGCAGGCAGCUUCUUUAAACUGUACCACUUAGGGGUGCACAGCUGGCUGCCUGUGCUCCAGCCGCCUUCAGACAGGCAAAAAAACCUCCAACUACUACACCUCCCCUCCUCAGGGGGAUGGGGAAUUUCCAACAUAGAUCAAUCACCACCAACCAAGUGCACCACAUAAUCCCAUACGUCUUAGAAGACAAGACGAAACAAUGUGACUAUCGCCGUGCGUACCCACUCAAAAACACCCCACCAUAGCAUACCCAUUCCUUCAAAUCUAAGGAAAAUCCCCACAACACUAAACUAGGAGACGCCCAAAUACCCUGGAAAACACACCACCUUAAACAAUCUAGCAGUAAAAGCAGCAGCCACUAGGCCUUGGACCAACUUCGAAAACCACCUCCUGACAGCAGAGGGACAUGCCAUGGUUUCCACAAAAUACUAGAAUCCCAGAAACCCCCUCAUCUCAAUCAAAAGGGAGCACAACAUAGGUUACAAAAUAAACCCCGCCUGAUGGAUUAAAGGAUUGUUUAGAUCAUAGUUUAAUCCAUCUCAGCCAAAAGAAGGGAACUCACCUUGAAACCUAUCUACAGAUGGUGGCUGGCACUGAUACACCCAGGAACCUCACCAAAAUGCUGGAGAGGCUGCACUUCCACAUGUGGUGGGAAUGCCCCAAAACCCAACCCUUUUGGACAUCAGUCCUACAAGAAAUAUGCAAAAUAACUAAGCAUUAGAAGCCACCCCAGAACUGGCCUUAUUUAAUAUUUUCCAAGACAAUAAUGCUCACACUAUAACCCACCCACUCUCAACAGCCAGGAGCAUCAUAGCUAGACACUGGAGGGCCUGUCAGGAGUAAACAUGGACCACUGAUACUAAACAAACUGAAGCUAGCAUGGGCACAAAUAAAAAAGGAUGGUUUCACCCUGGUGUGGCUCCCCUUUAUUACACACACAGCCCAACCAGAACCCACCGACAGCAUAUGAACUGAUAUGGCUAACUUGACCCAACAACCCCUCCACCUCACACAUGCAAACAAAACUCAUUGCAGUCAACUGAAGGCAACCAACCAUGCCCUGGAGUCCCCAAUCUCCCUCACUGCCAAUGAAAAUGAGUAAAUGAAUAGUAAGAGAACCUACCCACGUGACACUGGCACAAAAACCUUACACAUACACUAUGUAAAAGAAUGAAAGUUUACUAUCAACCCCUAACCUUAUACUGUCUGUAACAUUAGUGUAUAACUGCUGAAGAAAGAAUUCUAUGAAUGGAAAGCAGAGACACUGACUGUACUUUUGUAACCAAGAAAACCUUUAAUAAAAACAUUUAAAAAACAACAACUCAUAACUGUUCAUAUUUCCUUAUUUACAGGAAUAGAGCAACAGUUAGUUGGCGCUGGCCCAACUCCCGCUGCAGUUUCUCCUCAAGUUGUAAGGCCCAAAGACAAAGCAAGUUUCAGCAGAUUGAAACAAGAACUGCCACCAUCUGAAUACUCAGGCUCCAAACUGAGACAUGCAAAGGUACAAACUGUUUCCAAGACCCCUACCGAAUUUACAAAGACUGAGGUGGAGAGAGGAGGCUGCUUUAUAGAUAAAGGAACUCAAACGAAGAGGUCUGGCAGAAGUGGUCAGUUGAAGCACAGGCCUCAGCAACAUGCAGGCACCCACUCUGCAGAGCAGCCGCCACCGCCACCACCUGCUGUCUCUGGAGGAAAAGAGGUCAGCCCUCAACUUGCAGGCACUUCUCAAGCUCUGGAAAUCACACAGUACUUUUUUGAGGCUGUAUCCAGCCAGAUGGAGAAGUGGUAUGAAAGGAAGAUUGAAGAAGCUCGGAGCCAAGCUGACCAGAGAGCCCAGGAAGAUAAAGCACUCCUCAAAGAACAUAUAAAAAGUUUAGAAGAGGAACUCUAUAAGCUAAGGACUAAAGUGCAGAAGGAACAUUAG